AUGGAUCUUCCUCCGCUUUCCCUAGAUCAACUAUCCGCAGUUCUCACAUCCUCUCCCACGCCAACCGACCUCUAUAACAAUCUUUUAGAUUAUGAAGAUCAAGCUUGUCUGCUCCCAACGACAGGUUCAAAGGAGCAAGAGCUACUAAGCAAUUUCUAUACAACUUUUUUUUUCUCUCAUCUUCUCAGUGAUCAGAUUUGCGAAGCCCGAGCAUUAACGAAGCGGAUACCUCGCGAGUUACUAAAAGACUCAUCGCUGCAAAAUUGCUUGCUUCUCUUGCGAGCUGUUUGGCAACGGGAGUGUGAGCAAGUUUACAAGAUCCUCCGGGAAUUGCCAUGGCCAGAGCGAUGUCAGCCCGUAGUGCAAAGUUAUGAGAGCUAUUUCCAAGAGAAAACCCUGAAAGAAGUCAGCAACUCCUAUGAGGCUAUCCGGCCCGCAGUAGCCGCAAAUUAUCUCGGCCUCGACCCAGCACCUGCCGAACAAGGCGACCCGGCGGUUAUCGAAAAGUUUAUAGCAUGUGGGUGGAGGUGGGAUGAAGAAACGAGAUUACUACACCCCAAGCCGAUCAUUACCGCUCCCCCGAAAGAUAGUCGUCUGCAAAGUGAACUAAGUCGGGUAAUGGCCUUGAUUAGCGGCAGCUAG